AUGGUUAAAGCUGUCGGUAUUGAUUUGGGAACAACCUACUCUUGUGUCGCUGUAUGGCAAAACGAUCGAGUUGAGAUCAUCGCCAACGACCAAGGUAACCGAACCACCCCUUCAUAUGUCGCCUUCAAUGAUUCCGAACGAUUGAUCGGUGAUGCCGCCAAGAACCAAGUCGCCAUGAACCCUUACAACACCGUUUUCGACGCCAAGCGAUUGAUCGGUCGAAAGUUCGCUGAUGCCGAGGUUCAAGCUGAUAUGAAACACUGGCCAUUCAAGGUCAUUGACAAGGCUGGUAAACCCGUCAUUCAAGUUGAAUACCGAGGUGAAGAGAAGACCUUCUCCCCAGAAGAAGUCUCAUCGAUGGUACUUAUCAAGAUGAAGGAGACUGCCGAAGCCUACCUCGGUGGUACCGUUUCUAAAGCCGUUGUUACCGUCCCAGCUUACUUCAACGACUCUCAAAGACAAGCUACCAAAGAUGCCGGUACCAUCGCCGGUCUCGACGUCCUCCGAAUCAUCAACGAACCUACCGCCGCUGCCAUCGCCUACGGUCUCGACAAGAAGUCCGAGGGUGAGAAGAACGUCUUGAUCUUCGAUCUUGGUGGUGGUACCUUCGAUGUAUCCCUCUUGACCAUUGAGGAAGGUAUCUUCGAGGUCAAAGCCACUGCCGGUGAUACUCACUUGGGUGGUGAAGAUUUCGAUAACAGAUUGGUCAACCACUUUGUCCAAGAAUUCAAGAGAAAGAACAAGAAGGACCUCUCAUCCAAUGCCAGAGCUCUCCGAAGACUCCGAACCGCUUGUGAACGAGCCAAGCGAACUCUGUCUUCCGCCGCUCAAACCUCCAUCGAGAUCGAUUCUCUCUUCGACGGUAUCGACUUCUACACUUCCAUCACCCGAGCUCGAUUCGAGGAACUCUGUCAAGAUCUCUUCCGAUCCACCAUGGACCCAGUCGAGAAGGUUCUCAGAGAUUCCAAGAUCGACAAAUCAUCAGUACACGAAAUCGUCUUGGUCGGUGGUUCCACCCGUAUCCCCAAGAUCCAAAAACUCGUUUCCGACAUGUUCUCCGGACGAGAACCCAACAGGUCUAUCAACCCUGAUGAAGCUGUUGCUUACGGUGCUGCCGUCCAAGCUGCCAUCUUGACUGGUGAUACUUCCGAAGCCACUCAAGAUCUCUUGCUUUUGGAUGUCGCUCCUCUCUCUAUGGGUAUCGAGACUGCCGGUGGUAUCAUGACCCCCUUGAUCAAGAGAAACACCACUGUCCCAACCAAGAAAUCAGAAGUCUUCUCCACUUACUCUGACAACCAACCUGGUGUGUUGAUCCAAGUAUACGAAGGUGAACGAGCCAAGACAAAGGACUGUAACUUGCUUGGUAAAUUCGAACUUGCCGGUAUCCCCCCUGCUCCUCGAGGUGUUCCCCAAAUCGAAGUUUCAUUCGAUGUCGACGCCAACGGUAUUUUGAACGUUAACGCUUCCGAUAAGACCACUGGUAAAUCUUCCAAGAUCACCAUCACCAAUGAUAAGGGACGAUUGUCUAAGGAGGAGAUCGAGAGGAUGUUGGCUGAAGCCGAGAAGUAUAAACAAGAAGACGAAGAGGUUGCAGAGAAAGUAAAAUCGAAAAAUGCGCUUGAAUCUUACGCCUUCUCUCUCAAACAAACCCUUUCCGAACAAGAAUCCAAGUUUGAAGCUGCCGACAAGGAAGCUCUUCAAGCCAAGGUCGAUGAAGUCAUUGCUGCUCUUGACACCAUGGAAUCCGCCUCUAAAGAAGAGAUCGAACAACACCAGAAAGACCUCGAAGCCGUUGCCAACCCCAUCAUGCAACGAUUCUACGGUUCUCAAGGUGGUGCUCCCGGUGGUGCCGCUCCAGGUGGCUUCCCAGGAGCUGGUGGACCAGGUGCCGGUGCUUCUCACGAAGAUGGUCCUUCCGUUGAAGAAGUUGAUUAG